CAAAAAUAACAUGGGCCAAAUUCAGUGAUAAAGCUAAUGGGCCGCCAUUGGUGUUUAAAACCCAGAUAGCCCAGUUUAUAUAUUCUUGUCUUCGCUAGGGUUUUGCUUGGAAGAGCUCUAGCUUUCUCUGUCAACAUGCCUAAGCAAAUCCACGAGAUCAAAGAUUUCAUCGUCACUGCAAGAAGGAAAGAUGCGCGCUCUGUGAGGAUCAAGAAGAGCAAAGGCGUUGUCAAGUUCAAGGUCCGUUGCUCCAAGUACCUCUACACGCUUUGCGUCUUCGACCAAGAGAAGGCUAACAAGUUGAAGCAGUCUCUCCCUCCUGGUUUGAACGUGCAAGAGCUGUGAAAAUUGUCAAAUGAUUCCUAGCAGAAAAGGCUAACAAGUAACAAGAGAUUUUUGCUUUAUUUUUAUGCCUUUCACAUUGAUUCAAAUACUUUCAUCUGUAAUGGAUCUGGGCUUGCUGGUGUUCCCUUUAAUCGCGUUUUUGGAACAUUGCAGUUUCCUUUGACAUAUUUUGAUGAAUUUGUUUGUUAAAUUUCUGAAUGGUUGAACUGGAUUCUUUGGCCAGUUGAUUAUU